UAACACAAUUAAUAAGAGUUAUAAAAAAUUAGUUUUGGAGUAAUAUAUAUUAAUUAAUUAAUCCUAACUUCCAAGUAAGUAUCAUUUUCAUUUACAUUAUUAAUUAAAUGGUCAAUUUAAGUGUUUUCUUUUCCUUUUUAAAUUGAACUUAUUUCUUAAUAUUUAUAUGAUAGAUUGAUUGAUCCUUCAAGUUGUUCUCCAUGUAGUGAGGAUGAAGAUAGAUAAGAGUUGGAUACAUAUAAAGAAUCGAUUAUCACAAGAGUAUUGGAAGGGUCUACAAGGUUUUAUAGACUAUGCAAAAGACUUCGUCAAUGAAGAAGGAAAGAUAAGUUGUCCUUGUAAGCGUUGUGUCAAUGGAGAAAUAUUUCCACCGAAAGAUGUUAGGAGACACAUCUUUGAAUGUGGGUUUGAUGUGACAUAUGCACAUUGGGUUUUUGAUGGUGAGCCGCCAGAGUUACCAUCACUUCCAAAGUCGAAUGCAAAGUGUUAUCCAGAGGAUGAAAGGGCAGCAAUACUGGAUGACAUUGUAGGGGAAACUCGUGAGCAUGACUUAGGAGGUGUGACAACAAACAAUAUGGGAGAUGAAGUGCAUUCUCAAUAUGAAGAUAUGCCAUCCGAGCUUCACGCCUAUUUUUAUCCAGGGUGCACCAAGGUUUCAUCAUUAAUCUCUUUAGUGAAACUUAUGCACUUAAAAGUAAUCUAUAAGUGGUCAAAUGAGUGCAUGGAUUCAGUCCUAAAAUUAUUAAAAGAUGUAUUUCCUGAUACUAAUAAGUUACUCACUUCUUAUUACUGAGUCAACAAAAAAUAUUGUAGUGACUAGUAACAAAUGGUCUUGUUAUAAAGUUUAAACUAUUUAUUUAAUGCUCGUGUUAUUUUACUCAUUAAUUAUAUACGGAGUAUAUUGUAAUGAAUAUUACACAGGAUGAUCCAUUAGCUGGUGAGCAAUAUUCAGCUUUUGAGAAUCGGAAAGAUCAGUGUUUGACUUUGGGGAGAACUAAAGAAGCACAUAACAAAUAUACUCAAAUGAGCGAGGAGAGCCAGACACCGUUAGGACAGGUAUGUUCAUCUUCUUCAACAAAUGAGUUUGAGAUCAUGAAUCGUAAGUUGAAAAAGCAUCGCAAAUGUCAAAGUGGAAUAGAUCCUACACUAUCUAAAGAUGUAGGUGCAGCUCGGUGCGUUGAGGAUGGUGCUACUUCUGCACUUCAAGAUCAUCGUGAUGCUAGAAUCAUUGAAUUGCAGCCUUUGCGAUAAUAAAUGCCCUACAACAAUUCAUUCCUGGCUUUCAGUUGCCUCUGCGCAUCUCCCGCAAUGAUAUUCAUUCAACAUCAAGUGUUAAUCUGAACGAUGAGAGCCCUAAUGAAAAUAAUAUAGAUUGAUUAUGUAUCAAAAUGAAGUUAGUAGUUGUUACUUUGUUAAGAUGAACACAAAUAUAUUU